CUACCGCACUGCGUGUCGCGGGGGCGGCCACUACACAGAUCGCCCAGUGCCGUUCACAACUAGAUUCAGAUGCCCAAGAAUCCUUCAUCGGUCCGCUGUCAAAUUUCCGGUCGACAAAUAUUAAGGAAGUGAAGACGAUGAGGAAACGAGUCGAGACCCGCAGAUUGGAGUACGAUGCGAAAGGUAGAUACAAGGACACCACGCCCAAAGCAAAGGAGGACUUCCUGGAGGCGCAAAUAAGAUUCGAGGAAGCUAAAGAGGUGUGCUACAAAGCCAUGGUGGACCUACAGGACUUCGAGCAAGAGCACUGCGGUCAGCUGCUGUCGUACCUAAAGGGGCAGUUGGAGUUCCAUGAAGCGGCGGCAUCUAUCUUAGCGCCCGCUAUCGAUGAUCUGAAAACGAGAGUUGAAACUCAGGGACCAAGGAAACCGAGAGCAACUUACCACUCUAACAACGCACCCAGCACACCGCCCCUGUACCAGAUACACGCUGGACCUGUCCCGACUAUGAGCUCAGCGGGCCACGCCUCAUCAAACGAAGCACCAUCAACCGACAGAGAUCUGUUCGACGACGAUGAAAGGUGUGAUUUGCAAUUACCGGCGGCACAAUCAAUCUAG